AUGGGGACGCGGCUGUGGCUGCAAGGCCCAAGACCAAGCCAAAGGCUUGAGAUUAUCUUCAGUGUGACAAAGGUUUUCAUUCUCCCUAACACCGCGUUGCACCUUGCGGUUAGAGAAGGUUUGAGAGAUUGUGUGAGGUUGUUACAAGCGAACGAGGCAAGGACUAAUAUUCUAGAUUCAAGAGACGGUGACACGUGUCUACACGUGGCGACGGGUGUGGGGGACGAGAGCAUGGUGAAGCUUUUGUUGAAUAAGGGAACUAAUAAGGAAGUGAGGAAUUUUAAGGGUGAGACUACAUAUGAUGUUGCUGUGAAGAAAGGACACGUGCGUGUGUUUGAUGCGCUGAGGCUGGAGGAUGGGUUGUGUGUGGUGGCGAGGAAAGGGGAGGUGAGGAGUAUCAAGAGGCUGAUUGAGGGAGGCACGUCGAUGGACGGGAGGGACCAGCACGGGUGGACGGCGUUGCACAUGGCAUGGUUUAAGGGGCGCGUGGAGGCGGUGAGGGCGCUGUUGUUAGAGAAAGGGUUUGAGGUGGACGCCAGGGAUGAGGAGGGGUAUACAGCGCUGCAUUGCGCUAUGGAGACGGGGCAUGCUGACGUGGCGGAGGUGCCAGUGAAGAGGCGGGGCAUGUUUGAUUGCGUUGCAGAUCUCUUAUUUUGUUCUUUGUUGGUGCAGUUGGGUAUUUUGAAUGUCAUUCAAGCUAUGGAACUUGCCCCUGAGGUUGUUUAUUCUUUAUAUAUUGCUACCUCUGUAGAUUAG